AUGGGUAUAUCCCGUUCCUCAAGGCACAAACGCUCCGAAACGGGUGCCCAGCGCCCCCACUACCGCAAAAAGAGAAAGUUCGAGCUCGGCCGUCAGCCCGCCUCCACCAAGCUCGGCCCCAAGCGGAUUCACACCGUCCGUGUCCGUGGCGGUAACCUCAAGUACCGUGCUCUCCGUCUCGAUGGCGGCAACUUCGCGUGGGGCAGCGAGCAUGUGACGAGGAAGACGAGGAUUAUCGGCGUCGUCUACAACUCGUCUAACAACGAGCUUGUCCGGACGAACACCCUCGUCAAGGGUGCCAUCAUCCAGGUCGAUGCGGCCCCCUUCCGUCAGUGGUACGAGGCGCACUACGCCCAGCCCGUGACGAAGCGUGGCGCGAAGAAGGAUACCACUGCGACGGAGGGAGAGGAGGCGAAGAAGCCCUCGAACCACGUGCAGCGCAUCCUCGAUGAGCGGAAGAAGGAUGCCAAGGUGGACCCCCUCCUUGAGUCCCAGUUCGCCGCUGGUCGCUUGUACGCGUCCAUCAGCAGCCGGCCUGGACAGUCGGGCCGUGCGGAUGGUUACAUUCUCGAGGGUCGGGAGUUGGAGUUCUACCUGAGGAAGAUCAGGACGGGCAAGCAGAAGCACGCCCACGCGGCAUAG